CUCAGACCAACCUAAAAUCUUGCAGAAGUUUCUCUCUACACACGCAACAUCUAUAUAUAUAUAUAUAUACACGCACACACACACACAUAUAAGACACAGAAACCUUAAACUGUCUUCUGGUGGCUUAAAAAGGUUUGAUGAUAUAAAAGACAACCUAAGAAGUUGAAGUCAUUGUUUUGUUUCUUUGUGUGGCUUUGGAAGAAAGAAACUCAGUUUUAUACAUUCAAGUAUUUUUAUACGAUUGAGCGAUUGGUGAAGAAUUCAAGAUGUGGGCCAGAUUUAAAACCUCAAAGAUCAAAAAAGACAAGAAACAAGGAUUGAAAGAAUAUCACAAAAGUCUCAAUGUCAAUGAAGAGUAUCUUGGUGCAUUUAGAACAAAAUCCUAUGGGGAUUUCUUCAUGAAAGCUCAAUUACUAAUAAAUGAACCCUCAUUACGAGCUAAUCACUGCCAUAAUGGUUUCUUAGAAAUUCUUGACCCUGGCCAUGAAACUAUAGCACAAGUUCUUGAAUCAGCAAUCCUUUCGAGAAAGUCGAAUCUCAAAUCCCUUCUCUUCAAUUACUUCGAUAUGAGUGCCGAAGCCUCGAAAUUCUGCAGCCAACUUCUCAAAAGCAUAAAUCAAGUUCAAGCUGACUACAAAUCUAUUUAUCAAAUUAUUGACACCAUUGAUGAUUAUUCUUCGGAGAAAUUUCACUUAGUCGUGUCUAAACUCUGUUCAUGCAUCCUUAAUCUCAAAAAACAAGAUUUCAAGCGCAUCCACGAAAAGUACACAUCAAUUCUUCAGCAACUUAAGUCAAGGCGAAAAAUGGUGACAAGGAAGAUUAAAUUGAUAAAAUGGUUCAACAAGGCAUUCGGGGUAUGUGUGACAUUAGCCUGUGGAGUGGUUGCUGUAGCUGUCAUGGUUCUAGCGGCGCAUACUCUAACCGCGUUACUUAUGGGGCCUGUGAUAUUCAGCUUACCCAUGAAGCCAUUAAAGAAAAAACUUCUUGAUAUCCAAUUCUUCAAGUAUGGAUUCCUAAGGAAAAGUGGAGAACAACUUGAUGCGGCUGCCAAGGGUACUUAUAUUUUGAACAUAGAAUUUGACACUAUGAGUCGACUCAUGGUUCGAAUUCAAGACGAGAUUGAACAUAACAAAGCAAUGAUUCAGUUCUGUUUGGAUAGGAGGGAAGAUAAGUUUUCUUUCCAAGUAUUGAAGGACCUUAAAAAGGGUGAAUUUGAGUUCAAGAAACAAGUGCAAGAGCUUGAAGAGCAUGUGUAUUUAUGUCUUGUCACAAUUAAUCGAGCUAGAGCUUUGGUGAUUAAGGAAAUUGCAAAAUCUUGUAUAAAAAAUUCAAUGCACUAGGCAUUUUUUAUGCAUUGUA